CUAAGAGACAGAAUGUUUCUCUGGAGAAGACUCCUGACCAAGAGGGUGCCACUUUCUGGAAGUCAGCGAAGGCAAGGGCUGGAGUGAGUGUUUCUGUACAGGCAAGAGGCUUUCCAGUACAUGAUGCCUUUUUUACACUUGGUUUUGGUGUUGGUUGCUGCCCCAGAUGUCCUAGCUUUUCCAAACUUUUCCAUUGAAAAUAACAGCCCUCUUCUGGAGAAUGUCUCUGAACAUACACGGGUAGCUGUAAUCACGGUGUCUGUCCCACCUCCUGCUUCUCUGAUUGGAGAUCCUGUUAUUAUUAAUGCCAAUCCUGUAGUCCAUCCAUUUGUGCUGUCUCGUCGAUCCAAACAUCAAUGGGAAUUAUUUACCACUGGAGUACCCAAGCUGGACUUUGAGACAGUGGCUCUCUACUCCUUGACAGUCUAUGCCAAAGACAACCAAGGGGCAGCAGCAUCACAGACCAUUUUAAUCCAGAUCAUGGAUGUGAAUGAGCCACCCACUUUCACUGGAACCUUUGCUCAGAGAGACCAAGUUACUGAGAUUUAUAUCCUAGAAGAUACUGCCCCAGGCACAAUCAUUUACAGGGCAGCGGCCAAGGAUCCAGAGGAUGCUGUUUUGGAGUAUUUCCUUUCCCCGGAGGGCUCUGGCUUCACAAUUGACAGCAUUGGAACCAUUUCCACAGCCGCAGCUUUUGAUUUUGAGAGGGGAGCUAGAAGUUUCUCACUAGCUAUUAAAGUGGUUGAUCCUGGAGGACUGUUCACUGCUGGGAAUCUAAAGAUUUUCCUCAUCAAUGUCAACAAUAGAGACCCAGUUCUUACCUGCAGUUUAUCCAAUAUUGAAAAUGGUGUCUUGAGUGUUACUUCUAUAAAGUCAACUCUGCAUAAUAAAGUCAACAUCACUCUGGAUGAAGAAAUUCCAAUUGGGAAAAUAAUUGGAGUAUGCCAGGCAACUGAUGAAGAUAAUUUGGGAGAUUUAACCUUUGAACUAAAUCCAUGGAAUGUUUACUUUGCAGUUGACAAAGAACAUGGGACCAUAGUCACUGCUGCCCGCCUUGAUAUGGAGAGAGCUGGAUUUGCACCUGUUCAGUCCUUCUCUGUUAAGGCUUGUGACCAAGACCAGCGGUGUUCAGCAAUUCCAGUGACAAUCUAUAUCCAUGGCAUUAAUGACAACUCUCCUUUCUGUGAUCAAUAUCUGAUUAGGUACACAGGCAAAGAGGUGAUUGCAAAUAAUACUGUAGUUGCAAAACUGUUGUGUCAUGACCUUGACGAGCCUCCUGAUGUAAUAUAUUAUGCUCCAAGCUUGGGGCCAAUUGGUUCUGGACAACUCUUUGAGCAAGUGCCAAAUGCUGCAAAUUUCAUCCAGUUUGCCAAAGGAAUGGAUUAUGAAAGCCCAAAGAUGAUUGCAGCUGGACAUACCUAUGAAAUGACAAUUUCAGUGUUUGAUGACCUACAUCCUUCCCAUACAGUAACUGUGACAAUCAUUGUACAGAUUGCUCCAGCCAAUGAUUUCAGCCCUGUGUUUAAAGCUGCAUACUAUUCAUUCUCUGUUCCGGAAACAUCAAAAGCUUUCUACAAAGUUGGAAGAGUGACUGCCAUUGAUGAAGACUACCCACCAAAUUGUGUUACUUACAAAAUAAUCAAUGGAGACAUUCAAGUCAUACAAAUAUUCUGGAUCCACCCUCUCUCUGGAAUGAUUGAGCUCACCACACAGCCAGACUACGAGACUGUGAAGCAGUAUAACCUCACAGUGGAAGGUGUGGACUGUGACAGAUUUCACCCUCGCACAGCGAUAACCAUGGUCACUGUUGACAUCAAAGAUGAGAAUGAUGAAGCACCUGUUUGUAUACCCCCUCUAUAUAAGGCAAUCAUUUUGGACAAUGUUGUUGCUGGGACAAAUGUCAACGGCUUCAAACUAAAUUGCCAUGACAGAGAUUCACAAGAUUUUGAAAUGCAUUUUGAGAUAGUUUCUGGAAAUGAGAACCAUCAUUUUGGAUUUGACCCAACUCGAGGUUCAAAUACUCCAAAAUUAAUUGUGAAGAGUCCUUUUAACUUUGAAUCUGGAGCUGAAUUGCAGCGGCGGUUCCAUCUUGUGGUGCACAUAACCGAUGACAACCUGAAAUAUGGCAAAGCCACCAAGCCCAGGACAGGCACUGCUAUUAUAGAUAUUUAUGUGACCAGGGCCAAUGUGCCACCUCGUCCAACCACCAGUCCUGAACAAAGAAAAGGCCUGACCAUUUUGUACACAGCUAUCAACACAUAUACAUCCAGUGACUGGUACAUUCCUUUCAUCUUCACUCUGAUGGCAGUUUUUUUUGCCGGGUUGUUUUCCUGGGUAUGUUUCCUGCUUUGGGGAUACGGAAACAUUAUGAAAUGCUGUCAGAAAAUGGACAAGGAAAUCUCCAAGCCCAAACCCAAGGGAAUAAAUCAUAUUGCAGGUAAGAUGAUUAUUAUGAAUUGUGUGAUUUAA